CGCUCAACAAAGUUGCGAAUAGCAAAGGAAUAAUUGUACGCUUCAAUUGCACUUCUCGCGUAUAAUCGGGGUCACGUGGCUCCCAAAUAAUUGAAAUUCAAAUUGAAGUGUGUUUGCAGGACGCGAGAUCUUUUCUCCUUACCUUGACUCUUAAAUCGACAUGUCUCGACCGAACAUCCUCGUCCUUGGUCUCAUGGAUGAAGACUAUCUUUCCGACUUGUUUUCACCUCUUAUGUCGUCGAUGCGUGCAGUGGCAACUGUCAAAUCGGUCACUCGCAUCAAAGAGGCUAAAGCUAUCCUUUCUUCUAACACGCCUCCAACUGCCGUGCUCUCAAUUGAUGCCGCGCCGACACAAUCCAAGUAUCGUUCUUUGAAUGAACAGCUUGUGCGCUUUGCUAGAGCCGGUGGCGUUGUCGUCUUCGGGUGUAAUUUCAGCAACCACUUUUCAUUCGACACUGCCGAACGUUUCUUUCGCGCAUGGGGCGUGCCUUGGAAAUUGGGGGACUAUCAUCGCACUACCGUGUAUCUCAAUGCUGAUGGUGUACAAGGAAUGGAUCUUACAGGCAUGGAAUCGUCUUACAGCGUUAAAGCCUUGAAUUUGGCCCAAGUCCUCCCGACCUCCGCUGUCUAUUCUCCCUCCCAGGACUCUCGCACCCAGUCGCAUGUAUUCGCUGCUACUUCUGUUGAUACUUCUCAGACGCCGGCUGCCUACUCAGCAAUUGGAGAUGGCUACAUGGGUUAUACCGGUGACGUGAACGCAGAGGAACCUACCACAAAGGUCAUCAUGGCUAUGUUGCAUUUGCCUAUCAAUCAGAUCGUGCCAGAUACAUCAGACAGAAUAGUUGGUGUAUCUUUUGGUCCUGGUGGAGUGAUGAGACAGAUUCGACAGAGCGAGAUGAAUGCUCGUACCACCGCAGCGAGUGAAAGUCCUGGAGCUGCAUCCUCUUCCCCCCAAGCCGAAACUUCUGAGCUUGAUGAUUCUGAGUCUGAAUCAUCUAGUAGCUCUUCGUAUGAAAAAUACGAAAAGGGCAGACGUGGAACAGCCCGCGGGAUUCCUCCUAGGAUUGUAUCAUCCGUUCCUCGACCUAGGGAGGCAGAAGUCAAAGCUCGAGCAGUGCGACGUAAUCAGGUCAAUGAAAGGAAGAAGGCCGCAGCUGAAAAACUCAAAGACAAGGGUAACAAUGUGUUCAAGGCUGGAAAAUACAAUCAAGCGGUCGAUCUUUACAAACAAGCCUGCAAGAUGUACAAACCACUACCAGUCUAUAUGUCCAAUCUUGCAGCCGCAUUAAUCAAGCUAGAACGGUGAGUUAAUACCUAAAAUGGCUUUUGAGACGUCACUGGAGAGAUGUUUUUAGCUGGGACGAGGCAGAAAUGGCAGCUGAUCAUGCCACUCUCGUGGAUCCGACUCUCUUGAAAGGAUAUUUUCGCCGAGGCGUCGCCCGCAGGCAUUAUGGUAAACCAAAGGGCGCUGUACGAGGUUAGAGAUCGAGGGUUUCCGUUUUUUUCGUCGAAUCCGUUGCCUGAUACAAACUUUCGUAAAGAUUUCGAACGAUGCCUUGAAA